AAUUUCUUCGACACAGUGUUUGAAACGAGCGCACCCGUCACUGGGUUGCUCUCACAACGUUUAGGAAGGACGUUUAGGGACGUCCACGCUGCAAUAACUGUGUUCCAGUUUUGGAACAUUAGUCUACGUGUGUCCGGAAUGUUCCAAAGAAGUAAAAACCUACGAUAUUUUCUGAGCCUUGUGCCUGGCAAACGUCGUUUUGGGGCGUACAGGUUUCUUCCUGUCUUUUUUUGCAUUGGAGGCGUCAUGGAGUGGAUUAUGAUAAACGUAAGGAUAGGAACAGAAACAUUCUAUGAUGUCUACAGAAGAAAGCGAUCAGAGAGGGAGUACCAGCAGAAAGUAUCAGAAGGUUUCAUAGUUGUCAAUGGGCCUGCAUCCAAGUAAAUGAUGCUUAGGCUCACUGUGGACUUUGCUGGGAAUUUUGCAAUGGUUCCUACCUUGGAAUUGUUACCUGGUCACAACCACACUUCACAAUCAUGCGCUUCAUUAAGUAAUAUGAAGAAAAUCUCUCAAAACAUGCACAUUUUAUUGUUAAUUGCUCCUUGUUUUUUUUUUGUGAUCUACAGAACUAACGUAUACCGUAUGUUCGGAUAUAAAAUAUUAUGGUUAUAACAGCUGAUCUGGCUUCAAAAUACUAAACAGCGCCUGCCUAAACAGUUUCAGUUUAACUAACAAAAUAAAAUGAAAAAAUAUACAGUCAAGUGUGUUACUAUUUUGUAUACUGUCAGAAGCACAUUUUGAUUAUUUCAGUUGUACCAUCCAAUAGGGAGACUGUGCAGACAGAUGAAGCUGUAAGGGUGUUUCCACAGCAUGAUGGGGUUCCCAUCCAGUCUCACUUCAUGCAUGUUGCUGCGGAUGUAGUAGCUGGUGUUUCCUUGGCAGAAAGUUUCAUCUGUUAUUGUCAUGAUCCUGUUGUUCUGUAUGAGAUGCAGAAAACGAAUCACAAUGGCACAUCUUAACCUCCAAAUAAACACGUAAAUGUUCUUAAUAAAUGCAGUGCUU